AGUGGUUCGGUUAGGUUGGCGUGUGCAGUCAGUGUUUUUACUGUGACUUUAAAACUAAAAUUUCAUAAAGAAAUAAGAAAAUAUAUAAGUACGUGUUCAUAAAGUCAGUUACACAAGUAUUAAUAAUGCAUUAUUUGUUAUUUGUGCGUGUAAUUUAAUGAAACUUACGACCUUUUUCAGUAAUUAGCUAUUUAAGUAGGUAUCUAUAAACAAACAGCUGUAGGUGCCGUGGGUGGAUGUGUGUUAGUAAUUCACUUGUUGCUGCACCCUACUUUCAAGAAGUUCAACUAUUUACCUGUUAUGUGAGAAAGUGUCAUAAAUAUUCACUUUAUUAUUGAAUUCGUAUUCGCCUUAUCUUAUUACCGUUACAACUGGCGUUAGAAUGUGGGAAAUGAGUGUUUUCAUUAUCAACGUAAAGUUCGUUACGGUUACGAGUUACGUACGAUGCACCUGCAUCAAUGCAGAUUACUGCAAUGAGUUGAGCGCACUGUGAUUAUGACAUGGUUUGACGGGAAACCAAUCCUGUUAGUUAUUACGUACGUACUUGCUAGUGGCGAGCAGGUAAAAUGGUAAAACUGUUAAAAAAGCGUCGUCAAACCCGAAAUGACUCAUAAGUGGUCGUGCAGAUAUUGUUUUGUUUUUGUGGAAUUCCUGGCCGAUGACAAUACAAAAGGAUUCAAGAAAAAUUAUCAGUAUUGUCUGUGAUGUGAAGUGAUAAAGUUCUCUAUUUGAAACUUGAAAGUGGCGGUAAAAUUGGUUGUUUUCGGAACUUUUGUGAGUGCUGUUUCGUUGAAAUGGCCCAAAACUCAAUGGAUUCAGACAGAUUAUCGUCUGCCGGUAUUUCAACACAUAGUUCUGGAACUGCUGGAACCAUAGGCGGCUCUGUGGCUGGUGUCAGAGUAGUGGACCCAAACCACAAGAUUGAAGAUGAUGAUGAAUUCAAGCUAGGAUCUUUGCCUCCAAUGUGGGAGAAGGCAUUUACCCCGUCUGGUGAAGCAUACUUUAUUGACUACAACACUGGCACUUCUCAUUGGCUGGACCCAAGACUGGCUCGGUUCCGGAAACAUUCCCUGGGCGAAUGCGGGGAAGAUGAGCUGCCUUACGGAUGGGAAAGGGUUACCGACGAGCGGUAUGGAUCCUACUAUGUUGACCAUAUUAACAGAAGAACACAAUAUGAGAAUCCUGUGCUGCAGGCAAGAAGGCUCAGAGCCGAGAAAUUGGCAGCAGAAAAUGGCGGCAGCAACCAAGCUAACGGCCCCCCGACCACGGGGGAGCUGCGCGGGGAGAGAUUUAGCCUCACACUUACUAAGGGGACACAGGGUUUGGGCUUUACCUUGAUCGGGGCUGAAGGCAUUCCAGAGACCGAGGGAUACCUUCAAAUACGGAGCAUCGUGCCGCACAGCCCUGCUUGGAUCGAUGGUGCACUGCGACCGGGCGAUGUGUUAGUGGGCGUGGGCAACCGUGGCGUGCGGGGUCUGUCCCACGCGCAGGUCGCCCAGAUAUUCCAGUCUAUUACACCUGGAACGAACGUCACACUUCAUCUUGUUAGAGGUUACCCCCUAUCGUUCGACUCCGAAGACCCCAACACCCGGGUGCUGAGCACCCGGGCGGUGGACGCCACAACCCCCGCGAGCUCCGACGCCGUCGCUAUGCAGCACCUCACCAGAGCGCUACGAACGAGAUUCAACCUAGACUCGCCGAACGAAUCGCCGAACCCUGGACACGACGAAACCGACACUUCGCCCACUACACCACACACCUCGGACCAGCGGCGGAUGAUGUCUCGUUCCUUCGACCUGGACGAGCUACCUUCAGCCAAUUCUCAGCCUCGCUGUGCCUCAGCCGACCACCUGCUGUCUCUAGCCACAGAACACCCGAGAAAUAAUAGUGAGGCAGGUCGCGAACUGCUGCUGACGCUACGUCGCGGCGCCGCGGGCUUCGGAUUCACCAUCGCCGACAGCGUGCACGGACAGAAGGUCAAGAAGGUGUUGGACAGAAGUCGUUGCGCCGGUCUCAGAGAGGGGGAUCUGCUUCUGCAAAUAGGAGACGUUGAUGUCAGACACUCGCCGCACCAGCACGUCGUACAAGUGCUGAAGGAGUGCCCAGCGCUGCAGGAGACAAAGCUGCGCGUGCGGCGCCGCGAUCUCAGCGGGCCGCGCAGCCGCUCCGCCUCCCGGCUGCCGCCGCCCUCUGCAGUGAGCAACAGUCAACUGGGCAGGAGUAAGACGCCAACAGCGGAACAACUGAGGAAUCCUGCGCUUGCGCAGGAAGACAACUUGCGCGAUCGGCUCAACGGAAUGGAUUCCGUGGAAGCUACGUACGCGGUGCCAGAACAUAAAGGGCGAGAAAGGGAGAGCCUGAUCGAUCGCAGACGCCGCAGCAGCACUCCCGGCGGACGACUCACUCUGCCGGCGGUCGCUUGGACGGAACCCGACAAUAAACAACAGGUCGUCCCCUGGUCGGAACAACAGAACGGGAAUCAAUGGCAAGAAAGAGAAACUUGGGUGGACAACUCCAACAACAUCCGAAACUGGGCCGAGAGCGCUCAAAAGUGGGACCAGAACGGACAGAAAUGGGACCAGAGCGGACAAAAGUGGGAUCAUAACGGUCAGAAGUGGGAUCACAACGGUCAGAAGUGGGAAGAAAAUGGUCAGAAAUGGGAUGAGAAUAACGGGGUCACUUGGGACGGGAACGGGGAGAGAUGGAAUGGAAAUUGGGGGGAGGUGCCCACACCUACUGUUCACGUGGACAUGAGUGCUGCUUAUUGGAGAGGGAAUGCCAGUGUCGCUGACAGCAGUGAUAAUGGAGGGUUCCCAGAAGACGGGUUGUUGCAUUCUCCGACCACAGCGGCAAUGGGCGGGCACCACCAGUCACCUACCGCCAGCAGGAUGGGGCCACACUCCCCUUCUCAUUCUACAGGUCGCCUCCGCAGCCAAUCACCUUCGACCGCCAGCGCUACAGAGAGGCUGCUGGCUCACUCUCCCUCACGGCUGCAGACUCACUCUCCCUCCAACCACUCCUCCAACGGCAGGAUCAAAGGCUCUCCUAUGAGGUUGGGCCCCGGUUCGCCAUCGCGUCGAAUGCACUCACCAUCGUCGUGUCUAGACUCUGAUUCCAUGGCUCAGCCUGGAGUCUACGUCGCUAAUUAUCCACAGGUGUCGGUGGGCGGCGCGGCGGACCCCGCAGCCGACGUGGCGGUGCGGCUGGCACGCGGCGCCGCGGGCUUCGGCUUCCGCAUCGUCGGCGGCCUCGAGGACGGCAGCCGCGUCGCCGUGGGGCUCGUCGUGCCGGGAGGUCCCGCGGACGGGCUGCUGCGCGCCGGCGACCUGCUGACGUCAGUGGACGGCGCCCCGCUCAGCGGCGCGUCGCACGCCGCCGCCGUCGCGCGCGUCUGUCGCGCCGCCGCGCGCGGACAUGUAACGCUGGGAGUUCGUCACAACCGCGCGGACAUCCAACCGCUAGGCCUGCCCGCCAUGGUGGCGCCCCACGCCCACCAACCUAUGCACACCGCGGAGCCGGCGCUGCAGCCGCCGUCCUACAGCAUCGUGCACCCCGCGCCCCUCUACCCGCCGGCCUCCCUCGCGCCGCCCGCGUACGGCGGCGUGCAGUACGACAACGCGCGCGGUUGGUCGGUGCCCUAUGACGUCACAGUGACCAGGAGCGAGGGGGAGGGCUUCGGCUUCGUCGUCAUAUCCUCCACCAACAAGGCCACCAGCACCAUCGGUCAAGUGAUCCCCAACUCCCCAGCAGCGCAAAGCGGCCUGCUGCACGUGGGGGACACGAUCGUGGCCAUCAACGGGACGCCCGUGCGCAACCUGCCGCACCCCGAGGUGGUGGCGCUCAUCAAGCACUCGGGCACCAGCGUCACGCUCACCGUAUGCGACCAGCCACACGACCACUGAGACCACAUCACAUUCGAUACUAUCACUCAUCAUCACCUAAACCACCAGAUUUCCAGUGAUCAAAGUUGUAGCAUGGACGAAAAAGAUAAAAGGAGCGACAGAGAGUGUAUCGAAUCGAUAAAUUAUCAUUGAAAUCAAUCUACUUCCGACGUCAUACAGAAUGCAUCAGAGCCAACUCGUCUAUUGUAGUAAUAUCGUCAGGACAGUCUAGAUGGCGCUGUGGGACUGGAAGCUAGUAGGUAGAUAUUUAAACUAGCGCCAUCUAGUGGAACUAUUCCUUAACGAAUAAACUUUUUGUAUUAAUGAAUACAGAUGUCGCAACUUAAUUUAGGUACUUCCAGGUUAAAAAUUAGCGCCAGAUUUUUUUUCAAUUUCUGAUGUACGUUUUUUUGUUCGACUCUGUCAUUCAUUUUUAUUUAUUUCGUCCAUGGUUGUAGGAAACGCCCACUGAAUAUAGGAGGAGGUUACGCGUAGCUUUCAUCCUUACUCCCUUAUUGAUAAAAACGUUAUUCUCUGAUUGGCCUCGGAAUUCGGAAUUCGGUUUGUAUUGUCUCGUUCUUUCAAUGUCAAAUACUGAAAAGAGAGAGAGAGAGAGGGACAAAACGAAGAAAAACUACUCCAAGCCUAAUCAGAGAACUAAAUUUUUAUU